AUGGCACCUAUAGGAGACGACGAGGAGGUUGAUCUCAGCUCUGACUUGACUCUAGUAUCCAAUAUAACAACUCUUACACCGAACGGUGACCACAAUGGGCUGCAAAACGAGGACGACAUUCAAGCCAAAUCCAUGCCACUUUCAACCAGGAGAAGACCGAAUUGGAUACCAUGGAAGGCUAAAACUGCUGAUCAAAAGGAUGAGACUACUAUUGCGGUUCCGAUUGUAGAGGAAGUGGUGAACUUGGAUCAAAAGAGUUUAGCACCAUCUACUGUGCUCGAAGGCCCGCCUGAUGGAGGACUUACAGGCAAUGCCCAAGUCAUGACAAGAAAAGUCGUCAUGUAUGCUCUAGUAUCUCUGCCUAAUCCUACGUUAUACGCAGCGUGGGGUGUAGUUCUUGCGGGAUUCGCCAUUCAUGUGAUGAUUUGGGGAGAUACGCAGAGCUAUGGCGUCUGGCAGCGAUACUAUGUUGCUGAAGGUCUAGAAUCGAAUCCAUUGUUGGCACUAAUUGGUUCUGCUCAAACUGGAGGUGUUAGCCUUUGUGCGAUUCCGGUAGCCUUUGUCAUCCAAAGAUUUGGAUAUGCAUUCUCUGUUCGUCUCGGAGCUACUAUUGGUGGUCUUGCUCUAUUGGCAGCAAGUUUCGCAAACCAAUAUUCUAUUAUUUUGCUGACGCAAGGGUUCCUGAGUGCCGUGGGGACCGCACUUUGCUAUUUUCCGGGCGCUACAUUGCCUGCUCAGUGGUUUGACAAGAAGCGGGGACUCGCUACUGGAAUCGCUGUAGCUGGCACAGGGCUUGGGGGCUUAACCAAGUCUCUUCUGAUUCAAUAUUUGCUAGAUACACUUGGAAGUCACUGGACAUUGCGAGUCAUCGCCCUUCUCAAUUUCUCUGUAUUGAUGUCAGCAUCGUUUUUAAUGAAACAAAGGAUACCGCCAUCCAAGAAGUCUUCCAAAAAUGAUUGGAGGGACCUUAAAGACUCCAAAGUGUUUUUGCUAUGUCUUCAGCAAUUCCUACAGAGCUGUGGCUUUUUAGUGCCGUUGGCAUAUAUACCCUUGUUUGCAGUCUCCCUCGGAGCGACUCCCCAACAGGGCGCUUUCUGUCUCUCCAUGUAUAAUUUGUCAGGACUGUUUGGUCGAAUUCUUAUAGGAAUUGGUGCAGACAUGCUAGGCAGAUUCAACAUGAUGUUGUUUUGUUGUACUUCGAGUGCCAUUGCAGUCUUGUCUGUAUGGGGAACCGCAACCAGCUACGCGAAUACUAUGGGCUUCAGCGUGUUUAACGGCUUUGUGCAAGGCGGACUUGUGAGUUUGCUGCCGGUAGUGGUGGCUGAAGCUUUUGGACUUCAGAAACUGCCUUUCCUGUUUGCGGUUCUCAAUCUGCCGAUGCUCGUCGGUAACUUCAUGGGAGCUCCUUUGGCUGGAAUCAUCAUAGACAAGUUCACUGUUAACGGAGUUCCUAAUUACUAUCCAGCUAUAUUUUAUGCUGGUGGAAUGACACUCGCUGCCGCGAUGAUAUGGAUACUGUUGCGCUUCCAGAAAGAUAGACAGAUACUGAAACGAGUGUAA